UUGCAAAUAGUUGCCGAGUAAACGACAAUUAUGCCAAGUUGCCCCACUGAUACCUAUUUAUUUGUCUAUGUGUAUGGUAUUGUGCUUCUAACAAACCACAGCGAAUCGUUUUAACAGGAUGUGGGCUUGUUUUAAAUGACUGUCCCGUCAUUCACCGCGGUCCUAUUUUUAUGUAACCAACGGUUAUUAUACACAUAGUCGAAGUGCGAGAUCUGACGGGAGAGCAGCUACAAUGGCUUCACGUAUGGAUGAUGUCAUGCAACUAUGUAGUGACCUGUCUGCAAAUCAGCAGAUAAAAGCAGCAGUGAAGAAUUCUGGGAAAGGAUCAGCAGUAGCAGGAGGGACUGCAUUUUUAGGGGGUCUUCUAGGUGGUCCCCCAGGGAUUGCUGUUGGUGGUGCAGUAGGUGGCCUGUUGGGAUGGUGGAUGACCAGUGGAGAGUUCAAACCUCUCCCUCAGAUCAUCAUGGAGCUGCCUCCCCACCAGCAGCAGAGGCUCUAUGCUGAUAUCAUGGGCGUUUUGGGCUCACUGGACUGGACAGACCUGGCCCAGCUGACCGCCCUGGUCAUGGGGAAUGCUACUCUCCAGCAGCAGGUCACUGCUGCUCUACUUCGUUAUAUCACAAAGGAACUGAGAGCAGAGGUUAGAUACGGGGACUGAUCUACACAGACUGAAUAUCUGGAGGAACUCCUUAGAACACACAUUUGCUGCCUUUUGAAAGAAACAACUUUUUGUACUCAAAUUUAUUUUUGGAGACUGAAAUAACCUUCAGUGGAAGAGGCCUUAUGGAGCUAAUACAUUGAGGCUCAUGUCAGACCUGUCAUGUUACCUAAUAUCAUCUGAUCCUAUCCUUUGAUAAAGCACUUAAUGGACAAUUCCACCACUUUUUCCACUUGAUUUUCAUUAUCUCCAGAACAAUACCAGUGUCUACGUGUGUGGAAAUGGCACAUUUCUACGUUUUGUAGAAACAAAUAUGAAGUUAAAAGGUCUACCCAAUGACAUCAUCAAAAGUUAGAACAUAUUUAAAAACAGUGAUUUUCAAAACACUGAGAUUCACAGUGACGCGCGGAACAAGAAAAUACCCUCUGGCUAGAAACUUUUUUGAAAAUCACUGUUUUGUUACUUUUAAUCCUAGCCUGUGAUGUCACAGAGAAGUAUUUUUAUGACCUUUCUUCUUAUCUUUUUAACCACAGAUCAUAAAAACGCACUGUUUUUACAUACUGUAUGUAGACACUGGUAUGGCACUGGAGAUAAUGAAUAUGAUGUUGAAAAGUCGUGGAAUUGCCCUUUAAUGUACACAUUUGUUUUGUUUUAGAUGAGAAAGUUUUACCUCUGAAUGUAGCAGUAUGAUUGAAACUUCUCUUGUAAGAACAGUCCAGCAAUGAAUCAAUAUGGUGUACUUUAUUUGUACUGUAGGGCAAUAUUCUGCACUGAAAUGUACACAUUGAAUAUUGUUGUGCAUUUAUAAUUUACAUUAUUUGCAACAAAUGCAAGACAAUGACAAAAUAACCCUGAUCACUCCUCUGGUAAGUGUGCCUGGGAUCUCAAGCGACUCAUGCGUUGUGAACAUUGUAAGAGAUGAGUACUUCUGAGAAACCGGCCUUGAUACUCCUGCAGCAUAAUGGUGAUAAGUCCCACCUAGUCCUAGAAUGAACUAAUUGGAAAAAUCAUGGACACUUUUUGUAAUGCUCUGUACUAAAGUGUUUAUAUGUGAAAAUCAUGAUAAAUGAAAUAAAAUAUAAAAGUGAAUAUUGUAUGAUCACCA